AUGCCGCUCCCCGAGGUCCGCGUCCUCCCGUACGCGGUCCUGAAGACCGCGUGCGACGGCUUCGCGGAGUCGGCGCUCCUGUCGCGAUCCCCCGCGGGCGAAUCGUACGCCGGCGCGCUCGGGGCGACGCGCGUCGUCGUCAAGGUCCUCAGCGCGGACGUGACGCGCGCGGACGACGCCAAGACCGCGCGCGCGUUCGUGCGCGACGCCAUCCUCCGCGCGCUCACGUCGCAUCCGAACGUGAAGCACCGCGUCGGGGUCUCCGUCGACGGUCCGAGAGCGUGCCUCGUCACGCCGCGGUGCGACGGCGGGUGCGUCUCCUCGCGGCUCGAGUCCGGAGAUGGACUCUCCUGGCGCCAGAGGCUGGCCGUCGCCGCGGGCGCGGCGUCCGGGCUCGCGCGAUUGCACGCCGCGGGCGCGACGCACGGGAGCGUCAAGGCGAGCAACGUCCUGUGCGCGCGCGACGGCCUCGACGGAUUCGUGUGCGAUCUCGCCCCGAACCUCGCGACGGCGACGGACUACGACGCGCUGCCGCCGGAAGCGAGGAGCUACGUCGACCCGGCGCUGCUCGAGGGCGACGGGAUGAUUCCCGCGAGUCCCGCCACGGACGUGUACGGCCUCGGGGUCGUGCUCUUGGAGCUCCUCACGAGCGCGCGCGGGGCGAUACAGCGCAAGAGCGGCGUCGAUCGCGAGCUCCUCGCGCGCGGCGCGCGGUCGAACUCGUCGUCGGACGCGUCGCUGCUCGCGGCGGCGAAGAACGCGGGAUGGCCGGACGACGUCGCCGGGGAGGUCGCCGCGCUCGCGUCGUCGUGCGUGCGCCCGAGGGCGGACCGGAGGAAGAGCAGCGCGGAGGUGGCGGAGGGGCUGUGUCUCCUCGCCGCGCGCGCGGAGGAAGCGGCGCCGGCGACGGGAUUUAGCGGGAAAGAAUCCAAAUCCAACGACUCAGCGGUCGGCGACGACGGCGCUUUUAUGCAGACCGCGGACGUGUUCGUCGGGCUCGUGUCGUGCAUGGCGUCCGAGUCUAUCCGGCUCAAGCGCGCCGCCGCGUGCGCGCUCGCGACGUACGUCGACGAGGAGCUGAUGGGGGGCGACGUCGCCGCCGCCGCCGACGCCGUCGCCGCGGGCGUCGCCGCCGGGUGCCUCAACCCGCUCGUCACCUUGCUCGGCGGGAGCGACGCGGUGGCCGCGAUCGACGCCGCGGACGCGCUAUCGCACGUCACGCUCGCUUCGGAGAACGCGAGGGACACCGCGUGCGCGGCGGGGGCGUUGACGUCGUGCGUCAAGAUGCUCGCGUCCACGUGCGAGCCGCGCCUCAGGUGCGCGCGGUAA